AUGGCAGACUCUGCUGUCAUUUUUGUACUUGAAAAAAUCAUAAACUUAUUAGCGGAAGAAGUAAUAUUGCUUCAGGGAGUCAAGCGUGAUAUCCAGUAUAUCAAAGAUGAAUUGGAGAGAAUGAUAGCCUUUCUUGGUGUAGCUGAUGCAUUCGAAGAGGGAGAUGCAGAGGUCAAAGUUUGGGUUAGGCAAGUGAGAGAUGUCGCCAAUGACAUUGAGGAUGUUAUUAAUGAGUCCAUGCUCUUGUCGUAUGAUCAUCACUUCCAUGGAUCUUGUUGUUUCAUUGCUAAAUCAUUUUUCUCAAUCAGAAACAUCAAAUCCCGCCAUAAACUUGUCUUUGAAAUCCAAGCCAUCAAAUCAAGAGUCCAUCAUAUAGCAGUGGUCCAUCAGAGGUACCGCUACAAAUAUUAUGUCCCAGAGCAAGGUUCAAGUUCUAACCAAGCCUAUGAUACUGCAAAUGAUCGCAGAGGUGAUGCAUUACUGCUAGAAGAAACUAAGAUUGUGGGUAUUAAAAAUUCCAGACAACAACUAAUUGGUUGGCUCGUGGAGGAUGAUCCUAGACUUAAAAUUGUUUCGUCGGUGGGGAUGGGAGGUUCAGGAAAGACCACCCUGGUUAAGAAAGUGUAUAAGGAUGCAGCAGCCAAGAAAAACUUCAACAGCCUUGCUUGGAUAACAGUUUCCAUGUCCUUCAAGGUUAAAGAAGUUUUGAAAGACAUGAUUCAACAACUCUAUGAUGAAGUGAAGCAGCCAACACCUGAAAGUCUAAGCACCAUGAGCAGCAACAGGUUAAAAAUAAUAGCAAAAGUAUUCCUGCAAUCGAGAACGUAUGUGCUAGUUUUUGAUGAUGUCUGGAGUAUUCAAGCUUUGGAAGCUAUCAGAUAUGCAUUGCCUGAUGUAAAUAAUGAACGUCGUAUUAUCCUCACAACACUUCUUUUGGAUGUGGCUUCCUUUUGUAGCACAGAGACCAAUGGCUAUGUUUAUGAGGUGAAACCCUUAUCUGCUGAAGAGUUGUGGAUUCUUUUCUGUCGAAAGGCAUUUCAUGGUAAUUCAUGCCCUUCAUGCUUAGAAAGCAUUUCAAGGAACAUCUUAAAAAAAUGUGGUGGACUGCCGCUGGCUAUUGUGGCCAUUGGUGGGGUUUUGGCUACAAAGAACAGAAAUAAAAUUAGGGAAUGGGGAAUGCUUAAUCACAACCUUGGCCUUGCACUGGACAGCAAUAAUAAAUUUGAGAGUAUGAGAAUAGUUUUGUUACUCAAUUUCAAGGAUCUUCCCUAUUAUCUUAAUCCAUGCGUCCUGCAUUUAAGCAUUUAUAACAAGGAUCAUCUGAUUGAACUCGAAGAUGUUGCAGAUGGCUAUCUCAAUGAGCUCAUCAACAGAAGCUUGAUCCAUCCAGUACAGUACAAUGAUGAUGGUAGCAUAAAAUUGGGCCAGAUUCAUGAUCUAUACCGCGAGCUUAUUUUUUUAAAACCAAGAGAUGAUAACUUUACUGCAACAGUUGAUGAGCAGAAUAAAUUAUGGCCUAAAAAAACACAACGGCUGUCACUGCAUGGCAUGUUGGGGAACUUACAAGUGAAAGGGCCAGUCACUAAACUUCGCUCCUUGCUUACAUUUGGUGUAGCAGAUCCACAGUCCUUUUCUUGCAUAAGUCAAGUGCUUGAGAAUGAGAUUCUUGAUCUUUCUUACAUGUUAUUGCCUCCACCUUUUCUCCAAAACCUGUAUUUGACAGGACACAUUGUUAAGUUGCCCAAGUGUAUUCAAGCUCUUAAUUCCUUGGUCAAAAUUUACUUCAGGUGGACACGUUUAACAGAAGAUCCACUGAAAUAUCUCCAAGAUUUGCCCAACCUUGUACAUCUUGAAUUUCUUGUAGGAUACACCGGAGAGAAGCUAUACUUUGAGCAAAGGAAAUUUCAAAAGCUUAAGCUGUUAAAUUUGGACAAGUUGGAAGGACUAAGGCUAAUAACAAUCGGGGAGGGUGUUGUACCUCAUCUUGAGAAGAUGGUUAUCCAGAGAUGUGCAUUUCUAGAAAGUGUGCCAAAUGAAAUCGAGUGCCUCCUUAAUCUGAAGGUUCUUGAGUUCUUUGACAUGCCUAAUGAAUUUAUCACGACACUGCAUCCAGACAAACAAGGUGCCGAUUCUUGGAAAGUUUCACAUAUCCAUGAAGUGUGCUAUACGUAUUGGAGGGAUGGUUGUUGGAUGGUACAUUCACUAAAGGAAAAGGACAGCAAUCAGAUGUCUGGUCAUUCUGGAGCCGUCGUCACUAGGACCUAUGGAAGGCGAAAUUCCCUCUAG